AUGGCAUUAAUUUACGCAAAUGCGGUUAAUAAGCGGAUGAAUAACCCUAUAUCAAAGCCGAAGAAGAAGCACACACCACCAUGUUCUUUUUUGGAUGACAGCCCUGCAGGAACAGCUAGGGAUGGACGAAAAAGAAGUACAAGUCGUGAAACAACACCGUUACGAAAAACUUCAUGCAAUCUACCGUUACAUCUACAAGCGAAUCAUUCCUAUACGGGCUCAGACGUUCUCACUUCAACACAACUAUCUCAUCGUCCAGUGCAAAGGAGCAAAACGAGUUGUGGUGAGUUGUCAAAUAGGGACAAUGAUGACGAUACGCUUCGAAAGAUAUCGCAUCCGGCAAUUAGUCAAUCCGCUACAAGUCAAACAAUAUGCGGGAGACGAAUCGACGAUAAACGUUCUUUAGCAAAAAAGAGCCUUAUACAGAAAUACAAUCUCGAACACGUCUAUGAUGAAGGUGAAGAACAGUUGGAGGGGAGACGAAGAAGCAUUAGUCUGGAUCCGGAACAGUGGUUUGAACAAGUCACGGAACAAGGCGACAAGUAA